GACUCUAGCUAGGAGUGUCUACUUUAUCUAGAUCUAGAAUCUAGUAGUCUAGGUCUAGUUUAGGCUUAGUUAGGCCCGAGCAAAUGUAAAUUUAAAGGUAGUUUUUCAUCCAUGAAAAAACAUGCCCAGAGAAAUCAAAACUCCGCUGCGAUAUGUAACGGAUAUAACUUCACCACCUGUAGUACGAACAGGUAAAAGAGGUCGGCCGCGGACUGUAAAUGUUGAACCUAAAGCAACCCCACCACCAAAGAAACCCACUGCAGAUCCUCCUGUUGUGAUUGUUGAUGAUGAUGAUGAUGUUGAAAUUCUUGAAACACAAAAACCCGGUAAACGGAAAAAAAGUGACGACGAUCCUGACUGGGGAUCUGGAAAAAGGGCUGGACCAGGCAGACCCAAAAGCAAACCAAAACCAGUCACUCCUACUGCUCCAGGCAAACAGGAAACACCAAAAACACCAGUUAUUUCAUCUUUGAAAAAAAAUCCCUCUACACCAGUUGUUUCAUCUACCAAAAAAACUCCUGUUGCAUCUACACCAGUCAUUUCAACUACAAAAAGAACUCCUGUUGCAUCUACACCAGUCAUUUCAACUACAAAAAGAACUCCUGUUGCAUCUACACCAGUCAUUUCAACUACAAAAAGAACUCCUGUUGCAUCCACUCCAGUUGUAGCAUCUACAAAAAAAACUCCCUCUGUAUCUGAGGCUACUAUUGUUGAAUUGUUUAUGGAAUGUCGAGAUGAGCCUCUUAGUGCCAUUCAGGUUAAGACAGCCAAGAGAGAACAAGCUCUUUAUGAACAGUCCCUAAAUCUUGUUAAGGCAGCCAGAGAAGGUCGUCUUGUUUUCCUGCCAGAUGGGGCCACCAAAAUACUUGACAAGCCUUUCUCGAUGGUUCACACCCCCCAAACUCCAGCACCAAUCGCUGUACCCUCACACGCUCAUUUACCUCCUCAAAUACAUAGUCAAAUCAGCAGUGCCAACCGUCCUGUAUCGCCUGAUGUUAUAAUUCUAGAUGAACAACCACCACCCCGAAUUCAGGACUCACCUCAUACUGGAAAGACUGCUCCACUUGCAGAUUGGCAGAACUCAACACUGCAACAAAAGCUGUCUCAGCCUGUGAAUACAUUACGCAAAAGUACUCAGAUUGUACCAAAGACAAUGACCUCAGUCCAUGCUAAAGCUCAGUCAGAUGCCUUAGCUUAUUUGAGGCAACAGAUGCAGCAACAGGCUUUAGCUAGAGCUGAAUCAGAGCCACUAAAAAAGAAGGCAAGAAAGCAAGCACAGCUAGAAGAUGAAAGUGGAAAUUGGGUGCCACUGGAUGAAUAUUAUUAUGGAAAGAUGGAAGGUGAUCCAACUUAUCAUGAGCAGAAAGGAGAACUUAGAUUUAAAUGUUGGUAUUGUAAUAAAAUGCUGUACAACAAUGUGGCUGCCAUGAUGCAUAUACAAGGGCACAUUGACUCUGAGAGACAGGUCAACCUUGACCUCAGUGACCUUACACAGUGUAAACACUGCUACAAACAGUUUGACACACCUUUUGAAAUGCAGACCCACAUAGAGAAGGUUCAUAUGAAUAACACCAAUGUCCUGCUUUGCCGUAUUUGUGAGAAAGACCAUGACAACCGCCAUGGUUUGACUGACCACAUGAGGCGGCACCACAACGCCUGUGAGAUGCCCUACAUCUGUCAGCUGUGCAAGUUCAGAUCCUCAAUGUACAGUGAUGUGGUUGAUCACUUUAAAAAGAAACAUAACAGCUCUGAGUCUCUGUUGUGCUUGUACUGUCUGCGGGUGUUCCGUGUACGAUUUGUUAGUCAAGGCUGGGGUCAGACAACCAUUUAUUAUAAUCAUCUCAUGAAACAUCAGAUAAAAAAUAGCAUCAAGAAGUGUCAACUUUGCAAGCUUAUUUUUGUGAAUUCUGGUGAUCUCAAAGUACAUCGCAAGACUGAUCAUAUGCCCAACCAGAAAGGUGUAAUUGGAAUUAACGCAAAAUACACGACGCCUCACCAAGUGAUGAUUAAAGUAACAGAAAAGUCGGUCAACGACAGAUUGACAUGUGGCAUCAAGUCACUGAAUGUUCCAGCCGUGAAGAAGAUCCUGGACCAUAAGCUCAGCUUCCCUCAAAAUGUCUACAAGGUGAAAUGUAUAGAAUGCAAGAUGCUUAUGGGAAUACCAGACCACUACAAGAAAUUUAUCCAGUGCUCAAUGUGUAGAUUUGCUACAAGCUGCUCAUUUGCAUAUGCAAAUCAUAUGAUGGGAUUUCACUCAGGACAGUUAACAGCAGCAGCCUCUCACACGCCAACUGAAGGAAAGCUAGACGAACCUCUAUAUUGUUUGUGUGGCUUUGUCAGUAGUUAUGGCAAUAGAAUAGCAAAUCAUCUAGUCGCAUGUUCCAAAAGCUCUUGUAGUAAAGAUCAACCCCCACCUUCAGCAGCUGAGGAAUUUGGGCAAGAGUUACAGGACCCUAGAAAAAAACCAGAUGCAUCAUUGCUUGAUGUCUUGGGUCUAAUAAAAAAGGAUUCUCUCCCUUCAAGAUUCCAACUUCUUUUAAACUUAGGGCAGCGCUAUGAUUCACCACCACCCGAGCCAGUUGACAUGCCUGACGUGGCAGGGUUAGAAUAUCUACCAAAAAGACCAUCAUUACUGAAAGAUGCCAAAAAGAAAACGUUCAAAAAUAUUUUAAAGGAAGGAAAUAAUUUUGAAGAACAAGACAAAGCUGAAUCUUCCUUUGAAGAUAAAAAAGAUGUAUCAGUAGACAGCAGUAUAGGGCAGGACUCUACUAGAGACGAUAACUUUAAUGAAGACUCUUUCCAGGGAGAUAACUCUAAUACCAGUAUUUUAAGAAGCAGUUCACCGAAGGAUGAAAAGACUAAAGAUGAAAAAGAUAGUGACUUGGUUAAACCUGAUUGUACUAUAGACAGUGAUAAUGUGCCGAGUAGGUUUAAAGACACUAGAGAUGAAUCUGAGCCAGAUAAAUUAAAUUCAGAAUCUUCACUUGAUCAAGUUAUACCACAAGAUAGAAUUGAAGAUAUAGAUGACCAGUCUAGUAGUAGUUUUGUAGAUAAUGUUAAAACUUCUGAUGAUGUAGAAGAAAAGCCAUUUACCUUGUCUAUACCACCGUUGUCUGAGGUGGAUGAAACCACUUCGACAAAGCCAGUAGAAAAUGAACUUAAUGUUUUGAAACCAAGGGAAACUACUCAAAUCUUGGAAGUAACUCAGAAACAUGAUUUAGUUGAAAAUAAAGCAGAGGGCAUUGAGAAAAACAGGGGUGACUGUGAUCUAGUCAGCUCACAAGAGGUGGUGCAGGUACAAGGUAUUGCAUUGGAUGGGAGUGGAGAUUCUAAUUGGUGUGUUCAGCCAGGGAAGCAGGUAGACUCAGAACCUAUGGACACGGCUGAUGCUGUAUUGGAGGCAAACACUGAGGAUACACCCAUCAGUAAAAACCAACCUGGACCAAGUGAAGUAGACAGCAGACAGUUUGACACAAGGGAAGAUUUAGAGGACAGUGUCCAAGAUGAUCUGCCCCCUGUCCUGGAGGAAAACUCUACAUACAAUGUUGACACGGAGGACUUUGACUCGGAGGUGCCCGUACUUUCUCUGGAAGAAAACGUCAGCAUUGGAAAUUUAGACACACAGAGUUUUAAAGAAGCUGAGGACCUAGAUUUGGAAGAAAAUGAAAACCCAGCAAACCUUAAUGCAGAGAGUGUCAAUGAUACUGAUGAACCUGUAGUAGAAGAAAACAUAAAUAACACAAACUUUGCUAGUGUGAAUGAAAACAAUGAACAGACUUUGGAAAGCAUGAAUCAAAGCUUAGCUGAUACUUCUGAUAACUCCUCUGAUAAGGAAGACGAACCUGAAAAGGACAAUAAUGGAGAAAAAGUGUGGGGAAAAGCUACCGGUGGCUUUGCAAACAUUCCAAUAUCUCCUAAGGAAACAGAUUUAGUCAAGGAUGAGUUUGAUGAUGUCGCUGCGGGUAAACAAGAAAAUGUUGUCCUAGGCCUCAGGAGUAGCAGCUGUGCUGCUCUCCCAUUGGUCGGCGAGUACGACACUGACGACACACAGGUUGAGCUGGAGAAGGAGAAGCUGAGCCCGGAGGACAACACUAAGGACAGCAGCUCAGAGUCUAAAACCUCUGUGGACUUUUACGAGAGUGAGUCUUCUAGUUUUAAAACCUUGUUUGAAGCUGAUCAAACGCAGGACAAGGACUUGGAGCUGGAGAAGGACAUUCUACCGCUGGCAGCUACCAGUGAAGAGCUGGAAUCUGUUCCCAGCGCCGGGGACGACUACCUCUCCUCCGACUCCAACCAAAAGCAAGACGUCGACCAGUCCGGCUUCUCAAACAUCUUUGAGUCUUCACAGUCUCAGCAGAUCACUGCCCCUGUGUCCCCAUCAGCCUUCAACAACACCAACAACAUUGACAUGACCGUACCCAUGACUGAUUCCAUUGGGGAGGGCAGCAGUGAUGCUAGAGAUUGGACUAUCAACUACACAUCUACCCAGGACACUCUGCCUGCCUCCAGCAUCACUGAAUCUGUUGAGGGUGAAAAUCUUUUCUCCAGGCAGAGCUUUCUCUCUCAAGGUAUUCCGGAAAUGCCUGUAGUGGAUUAUCAAACCGAGGAAGCCGUUGUUGAAGAAACUCCACCUACUCAUGAUAUGGAACUCAGCAGUCAGACAUCUGAGUUACCUGUUACACCCGAGCUCACUGCUAGUCAGACAGAGCUUCAAGGUGUGCCGGCCACGUCGUCCAGUUCUAGAGAAUCUAAUGUCCAGGAUAAAGACAGAUCUGCUUCUUCAGGUGAUCGGGACCGGAGGUCAAGGUCACGUGACCGCCACAGAGACCAGAGGUCCCGCUCUAGAGACAGGCACAGGGAGCGUGACAGACACAGGGACGAUAGAGAUCGUCAGCGUGAUAGAUAUGACAGGGAACGAGACAGAGAUCGCUAUAGGGACAGAAGUCGUGAAAGAGAUAGAAGCCGUGAGAGAGACCGAUACAGAGAUAGGAGUCGAGACAGAGAUCGAGGGCGUGAUCGAAGCAGAGACAGGGAUCGUAGUAGAGACAGAGUGAGAAGCAGGGAUAGAGACCAAGGCAGGAGCAGAGAUAGAGACAGAAGAAGUAGAGACAGAAGCCGAGAUAGAGAUUACAAAAGAUACAGAGAUGAUAGGAGAUACAGAUAAAACCAAGAUUGAAAAAAAAUAUAAUGAAGAUAUGAUCAAAAUAUUUUUAGAACAUGUUAGGAUAUACAGAUAAAAAAUGGCAUGGAGAUAAAAAAAAAAUUACUGUUUUGUAUAUAGAUUUACUGUGUAUUGCAUGUACAUUUUUAUUUCUUCAGUGAUAACAUGAACAUCAAGUGAUACCAUACAGUAAAACUCUAUUUACAUAAAUUUUUAUGAUGUGUGAACAAUGACACAUUUCAACCUUUCAAAUUUCUGAGAAAUGGCUUUUCUGGUUGAAAGGAAGCAUUUUUUGUUUGCUUUUUUUUUAAAUAAUAAAAUUGGUUUUUGUCCCCCCUUAACAAAGGAAAUAAAAUUUGCAAUCUGCAACUUUUUUAGUUUGCAACAUAAACAAAAAUUGUAAUUCAUUAGUGGAAUUUACAGCCCAGUCUUUUAAUAUUUAAUGAUAAAUCAUCUUUAAAUUUUAAAAUAUUUUCCCAAUUUAUGUACAUGAGAAUUUUUUAAAUUUCUCAAAACAUGUACCCAUAACUUUGGUCAGUAUUAAUGGACAGUCUAUGCAGGUGAGUUGCUGUAAAAAAUUAUAAACAGUCAUGAUAAUUAGCAUACAUUAACAAAAUUACAUUGAAAAAAUGUUUUAAGCUGGUGCUUUUAUUAUAGAUGAUGCUGUUGUAGCCGUCUUGUGGCAAAAUAAACAAAUUUCUAAGCCUCAAUUAAAGGUAAAUGUUUGAUCGUUAAAUUGUUUUUAUUGCCACUAAGAUUACACUAUCUGAACAAUUUUUGCAGAGACCUGUGGAGUGAUGCUGCAGUAAUCUGUAGUAUUGUAAUACACAGGGGGUUAGGUCUAAUUUGUUAGCAAAUUAUAUUAGUUUGUAGUUAACUAAAUAAUAACGCCACUUUUUAAAGAUUUUAUUAUUGGUAUGGAAACAUAAAGAAUGCCGAUUUUAUACAAUCAUUUAUAUGUGUGUAUACAUACAUAUAUAUAAUGUAUAUAUAUAUAAUGUCUUAAGUGUUAACAACACACAUCACUCCCCAAUUAAAUGAAUGUUGUAAAAAGUUGUAGUGAUUCACAUUGUAGUAAUGCACUUUCUGCCAAUGUGUACAAGGUGUCAGCGUGUGUCUGUUAUUAUCAUCACCCUUUCUGAAAUCAAACCACUCAUUUUCAAGACACAUAAAUUUGUGCAUAUUCACUCAUUUUUUUGUAACAUGUUGUUAUGAAUACAUAUUUUUGUUAAGAAAAAAACUGAUGUUCCUAGUUAUGCUCUAUCGUAGCUUCAAAUAAAUCAUACCUACAUUGGUGCGUUUUUUUUUUCAACUUUUCUAAAACUUGAAUAGAAUUCGUUUAAUUUUUGGAAAAUUAUUUUUAAAAAAUUAUUUUUGAAAUUAUCAUAAUUGUUCAUUCCCUUUUGUUUUAUUAUGCAUAUUUUUUUGUUUUAUGAAUAUGUAUCAGAGCUGUACAGACAAUUGGAUAAUGUUUUAACCUACAAUGUUGUGUAUCUGGUCUAGGAUGUACCAUCCUCUGUGUUCACAGUUUCAAAUGUCAUAAUCCUGUUGUCAUUAUUUUUACACACACGGUUUUUAUUUAGUUGAUUCAUAUACAACAGUGGCCUUCACAAGUUUGUGUGUCAUGCUGUAAAAGCACAUCAAGAAGUUCUCUUGAUUUAGUUAUUAAAACUAUUGAAUAGAUGUUCAUUGAAUGAUGAUACGAUAAUACAUGUUGAAAUAAGGAGUGUACAAUUAAAGUGAUUAUUGAUG